GAAGGAGCCCGCGUCACUGAGAGAUAGGAGUCCGAGUGAGCGAAUGUAUGUUUAAGAGCUGAGAGAGGAAAAAGAGCUAUAAACAUUUAGCCCCAAGGCUCGACAGGAGGAGGGAUUUUCCUGUCUUUGUGUCUUUUUCAAACUUUUCAUGCGCUUGGAGUUGUACUCUGCAUCUUUUUUCUGUGUGCUUAUGUGGGAGGCAGGGGCUCUGCAAAGUGAGAGAAGUCAGGCAGGAGUAGGAGGCAUAAAAACCACAGAGGAGAGAGAGAGGGAAAAGACUAACUACUCUGAAGGAAAGAAACCAUGCAAGUGGAUGCUAUCUUCUGCGGGGUCAGGUUACGCAAAAUGAGAAACUACUCCAAGAACACUUCACCAGGGCUCAGAAAGGAUGCCAGCUGCUAGCACCAUGACUGGUGGGAGGGCCCUGCUGCUCUGUACAAACACUGACAACUGUAUCUACCAAUCAGUCAACGGGCUCCAGUGCUGCGGCUUGAAGGUUGGAGAAGCUCCACCAUCUGUGGUGCCCCAGCCCCAAGAGGUGUGUGGGUCACCAGGGCACAUAGACAAGAAGGACACCGCUGUGUCUACCAAGCAUCCCUUCUCCCCCCUGCUCACCCUGAGUGACAACCUGGGUCCUCCUGGCACCAUGCUGGCUCAAAGGAGAGCCACCACCAAUCCUACAGACCUGCAGACCCCCAGCAUGGAGAAUGGUCUAUGUGGAAAACUGAACCACAACCGAAGCCCAGCUGGAGCAAGUAUUCGUGAUAAGAUCUCACAGUGGGAGGGCAAAAAGGACCCUUCACAACUAACCUCAAUAGGGACAAGUUCACUGAGCAUGACACAAAAGGAAGUUGAGACAGUGAGGAAAAAGGAAUCCAAAACUUCAGAGGUCCAAAGGACAGACAGCAAGCGGUUUGUCAGCUGGGACAGACAAGACUCAGGGAAGGAGAAUUGUGGAAAGCUGGGGGAUUCAAGGGCUAAAUCUCCAGAAGGCCCAACAAACAAAGACAGGGAAGUGAUUAUAGAAAAAGGGUUUCGGGCUUCUAAGCCAACAGAACAACCCCAAGACAAGAAAACGGUUUUAACUCAUGUUAAGAAACUGGAGAAGGUGACAAAGGAAGUUCCUGAUAGGCCUUCACUGGCUUUUCCAGGGAAUUACUUCUGCCCUCCCUCAAAGGAGGAGCUGGAAGAAACAGAAAAGAAGGCCAAUGAGCCUAUUUUUGGAACUUUUGAUGUGGCUCGGUCUGGUGGGUCACGGAGGAGGAAGGAGGGGGAUCCAGAGAAUGUAUACAAUGAGCCAGGUGCUCCUUCCAUAAACCCUGUACCUAAACCUCAGAGAACCUUCCAGCACCACACACCACCCACUAGCCCAGCUUCAGGGCUUGGCUUGGGAAAGGGAAGGAGGAACUUGCCCCCAUUGCCCUCCAUUCCUCCACCACCUUUGCCCACAUGCCCACCACCUGGAGUUUGCAGGAGACCCUGGGCUGACAAACCUCGGGAGAGCAGUAACAGGAAGUCCUAUGAAUUUGAGGAUCUGCUCCAGUCAUCUACAGAGAGCUGCAGGGUGGACUGGUAUGCUCAGUCCAGACUGGGUCUAACACGCACUUUAUCAGAAGAGAAUGUCUAUGAGGACAUAAUAGAUCCUCCAUCCAAGGAGAAUCCCUAUGAAGAUAUAGAGCUGGAGAGAAGUUGUUUGGAAAGCAAAUGUGCCUCACCUGCCUUCUCAUCUCCUGUCCCUGAUGCACCAAAUAAGCUCACCCCUAAGCCUGGCUUCUUUAGACAAAACUCAGAACGACGAAGCUUCAAACUCCUGGAGCUACGCAAGACCAACAGGGACACCGGUAUCUCCUCGCCUUCUCGUAUCAGCCCCCCCUCCACACCCAGUAGCCCUGACGACACCCCAUGUCUCUCUGGAGACCCGUACAAUCGCAGACGGAGGAAAAUCCCCAAGAUGGUGCUGAAAAUCAAUGGCAUCUUCGAGGCACGAAGAGGAAAGAAACGCAUGAAGAGGGUUUCCCAGUCUACUGAGUCCGGCUCAGGGAGAGUGACAGAUGAGAACAGUGAGUCUGAAAGUGACACGGAGGAGAAGCUAAAAGCUCACAGCCAGCGACUGGUGUCAGUCCAGUCCAUGCUGAGACAGACAGGACGGUACCGGACCUUGGAGAGGGAUCUGAUGGAAUUACAGGAGAGGAAACUCUUUGAGUAUUUCAUAGUCGUUGCACUUCACAAGACCAAGGCCGGAGUUCCAUACCUGCCAGAAGUAACACAACAGUUCCCUCUCAAGCUUGAAAGGAGCUUUAAGUUCAUGCGAGAGGCUGAGGACCAACUGAAGGUCAUUCCUCAGUUCUGUUUCCCGGACGCCAAAGACUGGGCACCUGUCGACAACUUCCCCAGUGAGACAUUUUCAUUUGUCCUCACCGGUGAAGAUGGAAGCAGGCGGUUUGGCUACUGUCGGCGAUUAUUGCCUAGUGGCAAAGGCCGAAGGCUCCCAGAGGUCUACUGCAUUGUCAGCCGCCUGGGCUGCUUUGAUCUCUUCUCCAAGAUCCUGGAUGAAGUUGAAAAGAGAAGGGCUAUCUCUCCUGCCCUGGUGCAGCCUUUUAUGAGAGGCAUCAUGGAAGCACCCUUCCCUGCUCCAGGAAGGACCAUCACUGUCAAAAACUUCCUACCAGGUUCUGGGACAGAGGUGAUAGAGUUGUGCAGGCCAUCAGAUUCCCGUCUGGAACAUGUGGACUUUGAAUGUCUCUUCUCUUCCUUGAGUCUACGUCUGCUUCUGCGAGUGUUUGCCUCUCUACUGCUGGAGCGCAGGGUCAUCUUCACUGCUGACAAACUCAGCACGUUGUCUCAGUGUUGUCAUGCAGUAGUGGCUCUGCUCUACCCCUUCACCUGGCAGCAUACAUACAUCCCAGUGCUCCCACCCUCCAUGAUGGAUAUCGUUUGCACCCCCACACCCUUCAUAGUCGGCCUCCUCUCCAGCUCUCUGCCACGACUCAAGGAGCUGCCCAUAGAGGAAGUCCUGGUGGUCGACCUUGGCAACAGUCGCUUCCUAAGACAGCUAGAUGAUGAGGACUCCAUUCUUCCUCACAAGCUGCAGGCAGCUCUCGAGCAUGUUCUGGACAAGAGGAGGGAGCUGGCCUGUGACAAGGCAGAUCUACCCAAUGAAUCCAGUUCCCUCAGCACAGUGGUGUCUGAGGCCUUUGUGCGUUUCUUUGUGGAGAUGGUCGGUCACUAUUCCCUUUUCAUGGGUGGAACAGAGAGGGACAGCGAGUCUGUCUCCUCCCCCACCUUGCCCAGCCCUUCCUCUUCCUCCUUUCAGCGUGAAGCCUUUCGCAAAGCGGUGACUUCGAAGAGCUUGAGAAGGUUUCUGGAGGUGUUCAUGGAGACCCAGAUGUUCACCAGCUUCAUCCAGGAGAGGGAGCUGCGUAGGCAGGGCCUCAGAGGUCUGUUUGAGGUGAGAGCACAAGAGUAUCUGGACUCGCUGCCUGGAAGCGAGCAACGAGGAGUCAACAAGUUCCUCAAGGGCCUAGGAAACAAGAUGAAAUUUCUUUCUAAGAAAUAAUGUUAGGAGUCAGGACAUCAUUGGUGAAAGUAGAAAAACCAGUCAUGAAGAGGUGUGCACUCCCUGGAAAAUGUAGAGAUGAUGUGGCUGUGGCUCAGAACAAAGGAAGACUCUUGAAGUGAACUGGACUCAUGGUGUUAACAUGAGGAAAUCUGGGCAAAGUUAGAGUUUAGCUCCCAGCUUUAUAAGCCAGUCAUUCCAUUAGUGUUGUGAAAGGGUUACUCAGCUUGGACCAAAAGUGCCUUCCAACAUGAUAAAACAAUGUCUACCAGCGUCUAGUUUAACAGUUUCCAAGGUUUCGAUGUUUUACUGAUAAUAAUCAGUGUGUGACUUUUUAGCACAGCACAGUGUAAAUGUAUUUAGGAGCAGUGUUCUCCCCUUUUUCAGUCACUGAUUUCACCUAUAAACCUGUUAGGAGGAGCGUCACUGAAUCUGCAAUUUUGUACAGUGCAACACUUGUUAUACAUUCCAAGUAUUUUCUAUAGAAACGUUUAUAAAUGCAAUAGUACAACUUCUUCUUCAAUAGGAGGCUUUUAAUUUAUAUUAUUUUUAGAUAAACAAUCUCUUUUUUAAGAAAUCUCCGAUAGUUUCUAAAAGGCUUUGUUUAACAGAGUCUAGUCCAGACUGUUUGUUGACCAGUCUGGGUUGUUGGGUAUGUGUACCACUGUUUUAAGUAAACAAA